AUGAAAGCACAUCGUUGUCGUCUUCAAAAUCUGUGGUAAGCUUUUGUACCAUGAGUAUAAUAUAUAUAUAACAAGGUUUUGAUAGCUAUUCGUAUCCAGAGUAUUAAGGAAAACCAGGACAGAAAAACAGCGUCAGAAAGAGUGAUAGAUCAGAGAGUGAAGCCUACAAUACAGAGAGAGAAAGACAGCAGAAAUGGGAAGGAGGCCAUGCUGCACGAAAGAAGGUCUAAACAGGGGAGCAUGGUCUGCUCGGGAAGAUAACAUCCUUAUCAACUAUGUUAAAGCCCAUGGCGAAGGAAAAUGGAGAGACGUUCCUGAAAGAGCUGGGCUGAAGCGAUGCGGGAAGAGUUGCCGGCUGCGAUGGUUGAAUUAUCUAAGGCCAGAUAUCAAGAGAGGCAACAUUUCUGUGGAAGAAGAAGAGCUCAUUAUCAGACUGCAUAAGCUCCUGGGUAACAGGUGGUCAUUGAUCGCCGGGAGAAUACCUGGGCGAACUGACAAUGAAAUAAAGAAUUAUUGGAACACACAUUUAAGCAGGAGAAUAAUGCAAGAUGGUUACAAGAUUCUGCAAGAUUCUUAUAAUAAACAAUUGAUCACAGAUGAUGAUGAGGGAAGUAGGUCGGAGUUCAUUCAAGGAACAGGACAGGAAACUCAUGAUGAUCACUCGGUGGUUCGGACGAAAGAGAUGAGGUGCUCAAAUGCUUUUAUCCCAAAGCAACUUGACAUUGAAAUGGAGAAAAAUGCUAGUACUCUAGUCAUCCCUGAUUGGGGCAGUGAUCAAAUCCGAAGUUCUUUAGCACAGCAAGAGGAUAAUUCCGAUGAGAAUUUUCUCAUGGAUUAUGUUGUGAAUGAUCUUUUGAUGUCUGAUCACAAGCUCUCAUGUUUAGAUAGCCACCAAGAUAAAGAGUUAAAUGAAUGUGAGAAUAUGGUGGAUGGAGAAAUGGAUCACCACGCCAAGAACAAUUAUAUCAUGCCUAGUUGUUGUGAAGAUUUUCUUGUUUCUGGACAUGAUCAAGCCAUGCGUGAGAAUUGGAGGCCGCAGACUGAACCUAAUUCCCAACCAAAUGAUGCUUUGGAUCUCAAGACAUUGACAUCUCUUCUGAAUUUGGAAGAUGAGUGGAUUAUAAGCUGAGAACCACGACUGGGUUCUACGAAUAAGUUGUGAAUGAUUUUGGCAACAUGUGGCUAAAAUUCUGCUUAAUUUCCAAUAAAAGAUCGAAUGUGCAUGGGUUAGUUUUUAGGUUAAUUUUUAGCCCGUUAUAAAUUACUGCAGCAUGCAUGGAAUUAGUAGUGUGUCAUGUAUUUCUGUAAUUUUAUGAGUAUAAAUAAGACUGUACGUGGCUCAGAUCACACAUGCACUAGA